UCGUGGAACUUUCUUUACGUUGUUAACGGAGCUGUACUUCGCGUCUGUUUAGCGAAGUACUGCAUCUUAUAUUCCAUAAAAUUUUAAGAAAUCCUUUGGAUUUCUAUCUAAAAAGAUGGUUCAGAAAAAGCCAAAGAAGAAGGUAGGCAAGAAAGUAGCUGCCGCGCCGUUGGCAGUCAAGAAGGUUGAGCCCAAAAAGGUGACUAAUCCACUUUUCGAAAAACGGACACGUAACUUUGGCAUUGGCCAGGACAUUCAGCCUGCUCGUGAUCUUAGCCGCUUUGUAAGAUGGCCUAAGUAUAUUCGUAUCCAGCGUCAAAGGGCUGUGUUGCAAAAGAGAUUAAAAGUACCACCAACGAUUAACCAGUUUACUCAAACUUUGGACAAGCAAACUGCUACACAGUUGUUUAAGGUAUUGGAGAAAUAUCGACCUGAAUCAACAGCCAUGAAAAAGGCGAGAUUGAAGGCAAGAGCUGAACAGAAGAUCGCCAAGAAGGAAGAUACACCAACAAAAAGACCAAAUGUUGUUCGCAGUGGCACCAAUACAGUAACCACAUUGGUGGCAAAGAAAGCUCAACUUGUUGUUAUCGCGCAUGAUGUUGAUCCUAUUGAGAUCGUAUUAUUCCUUCCUGCUUUGUGCCGUAAGAUGGGUGUACCAUACUGUAUUGUCAAAGGCAAGGCACGCUUGGGACGUCUGGUUAGACGUAAGACCUGCUCAGCAGUUGCUCUCACACAGGUGGAUUCUGGUGAUAGAGCUAACUUUGCAAAGAUCGUCGAAGCUAUCAAGACGAACUUUAAUGAUCGAUAUGAUGAAAUUAGGCGUCAUUGGGGUGGUGGUAUAUUGGGAAGUAAAUCUGCAGCGAGAAUAGCAAAACUGGAGAAGGCUAAAGCCAAGGAACUCGCUCAGAAACAAGGUUAAUAUCGCUUCCCAUAUUUGAUAACAGAUUACAUCAAAAAAAUAAAAGAUAAAGUUGA